AUGACUAAAUCAGAUAAAGUCGUUCGCCAUCUACAACUGCUCAAGCUCCAAGAUAUACCUGAAGCUGAGAGAGAUAUUCAUAACCUUGAUGGUAUCUUCAAUAAGUAUUUGACAUUCAAAUACUAUUAAAUGAUAUUAGUACCUUAAAAUUGGAGAUACUGA